AGAUAACGCUGACCUGGAGCUUUUGACUUCCCUGCUGGAGGAAAAUGAAGCUGCUGAAAGCAGUGGUUCACACUUUUCUGAUGCUUCAAAUGAGCCUGACGCAUAUGAUGAAUUGUUUGAUGGCGAUGAAGAAGGGUCUUACCAUGAAAGUGACAGUGCAGGUGAAGAGCAGGACUCUGAGGUGAAAGAAGAUUUUAGUACACUGUUUGGUGAUAUUGAUGAUCUUGAAGAUGAUAAACAUGCUUCCAAAACAAUACACAAUCCUCUUCACCCUCUCAGGAAAAAUCUAAAAAGGAACUGGAAGAGGAGCUACGGAGAAUGCAGGAGCAAAUGAGAAGGCUACAAGAACAGCUUCAGCAUACUGGGAUUGUUCAGUCACCAAGCGCUGCAUUACCUGGGAAAUCACCAGCCAACAACAUGAGGAUAACAGCACCAAAAUCACAGUUCAGCCCUUUAAAGGAAAGGAAUAUUAAACCUAUGCAAGAGUCCAGUGCCUUUGCUGCUCAACUUGUCAGUCCAUCUACCUCAAAUAUGAAACCUCAGGAAACUGCAAAAAGAAAGCUUCCAAUGUCUGAGAAUAAUAGCCCACCACAGAAAAAAAUUCCAAAUUUAUCUCUGGCUGGAAAACCUGUUGCUAAAACGAGCCCUGCAGCAGUAGCCUCAUCCCAGCCUGCCUCAAGCAAAACUCCUUCCAGCCAACAGGUGUCCUUGGAAAAAUUCUCUGGACUGCGACUCAGGAAACCCCGUGUGUCAUCUUUAGAAAUGGAGCGGAAAAUGAGUGGCAGAAAGCUGAUCAGACUCUUCCAAUUGCAGAACAAAAUUGCAACAGAAAAGUUGGAGGACCAAGACUGGGUUACGUUUGGUGUAAUUGUCAAGAAGGUUACUCCUCAGAGCUCUAAUAAUGGCAAAACGUUUAGUAUUUGGAGGCUGAAUGACUUGAAAAAUUUUGAUAUGUGUGUAUCUCUGUUCUUGUUUGGUGAUGUACACAAAGAGCACUGGAAAACAGAUCAGGGAGUGGUCAUUGGUAUUUUAAAUCCUAAUCCUAUGAAACCAAAAGAAGGCUCAGAAGAGGUGUGCCUGUCUGUUGACAAUCCACAAAAGAUCUUGUUACUGGGAGAAGCAAUGGAUUUGGGAACAUGUAAAGCUCGUAAGAAGAAUGGUGAUCCCUGCACACAAAUGGUCAACCUGAAUGACUGCGAGUACUGCCAGUAUCAUGUGCAAGCUCAGUAUAAGAAGGUGAGCGCCAAACGAGCAGAUCUACAGUCAAGCUAUUCUGGACAUGCUCCUAAGAAAAUGUCUAGGGGAGGAAACAGCCUGAAAGAGAAACUGUGCCAGAGUGGUUUUCACUAUGGUGGUGUGUCCUCUAUGGCAUAUGCAGCUUCACUUGCAUCAGCUGCAGCGCCUAAGAAAUCUGUCCAAACAACUUUAACAAAGAUGGUAGUUAGAGGAGCAGGUGCCAUAGCACUGGAAGCGAAACAAAAAAUAGCUGCAAGCAAAAACGCUGUGCCGUGUUCAGAUGAGUUCAAGGAGCUUUUGUCUAUACCAACUUCAGGAGCACUGAAUUUGAAUAGACAUUUGUCUGGCGUGGGCACAAAAGCAUCCAUGGCUAAACCUGGAUCAUCUAUUCAGUCUCUUUCGGCUUCAGAGCUUUUGAAACAGCAGAAACAACAGUUGUUGGUUGCAAGAAAACGGAGAUCAGAAGAGAUCCAGAAAAGGUUUCUUGAGAGCACAAAUAAAACAGAACCAUCCAGUUCUACUGCAAGUGCUGGGCAGGCCAUAUUUCAGUCUCCAAAGCAAGCUGCAGAGUUCCCCAAAGCCCAGACGAUGUCCACCCCCAAGUUAGCACGUGGUUUUACAGAGGGAGAAGAUGUUCUCUUCUUUGAUAUGUCUCCUUCUUGCAAAAAAAAUUCUUCUGUUAAAGCAAAAAAGGUUGCUGCUCUCCGGAAACUGCAAGCAAAAGGACAAAUGCUCACAAAAGAGGAUCCUAACAGCAUCAAGAGAAAGCGUUCCAGCUCAAUGGACAUUGACCAAGUGGCUGAAAGGGCAAACAAAGAUACCACAUCUCCUGAAGCUGAUGAUGAAGAACCAGCCAUGAAGAGAUACAAGGAACAACUUGCUUAUUCACAGUCUGAGGAGUUCCAGAAGAUUUUAAAAGCUAAAUCAAAGCACACAGGUGUCCUAAAGGAGGCUGAAGCAGAAUUGCAGGAACAAUAUUUCGAGCCUCUCGUGAAGAAAGAACAACUGGAAGAAAAGAUGAAGAGCAUAAGAGAGCAAAAGUGUCGUGUAGUAACCUGUAAAACAUGCAAGUACACUCACUAUAAACCUCUGGACACCUGCGUAAGUGAAAACCAUGACUUCCAUUGGCAUGAUGCUGUGAAGCGUUUCUUCAAAUGUCCAUGUGGUAACAGAACAAUCUCUCUAGAUAGACUUCCCAAGAAGCACUGCAGCACCUGCGGGUUGUUCAAAUGGGAAAGAGAUGGCAUGCUUAAGGAAAAAAGAGGUCCAAAAAUUGGAGGGGAAACACUGCUACCAAGAGGAGAGGAACAUGCCAGAUUUCUCAAUAGCCUUAACUAG